CCAGCAGUCCGAGAGCUGCCGUCGGCUCCGCGCGGGGGGGCGGGCCGGGCACCCCGGGGCGCGGAGGAGCGCUCUAGCUUCACUCUUUCUUUCCCCCCACUCCGCACUCCUGGGCACCCUCAAAACCAGUCCACGCUGCUGCCUCCGUUCCUUCUUUUCUCGCCCCCCAGCAAACUUUCGAUCCCUCCCCCGCCCCUCGCCCGUUAUUCGUCGUGGCUCGAGCCCGGCCGCGUCGCCGCGAGGGUUCCUCCGGACCUCCCUGCCUGCAGCUCCGACCAUUACAGGAUCCAGAAACAUGUCGACCACACUUCUGUCCGCCUUCUACGAUAUCGACUUCUUGUGCAAGACGGAGAAAUCCCUGGCCAACCUCAAUCUGAACAACAUGCUGGACAAGAAGGCGGUGGGGACGCCUGUGGCCGCUGCCCCCAGCUCGGGCUUCACCCCGGGCUUCCUCCGACGGCACUCGGCCAGCAACCUGCACGCGCUCGCCCACCCAGCGCCUAGCCCCGGCAGCUGCUCGCCCAAGUUCCCGGGCGCGGCUAACGGCAGCAGCUGCGGCAGCGCGGCGGCCAGCGGCCCGGCCUCCUACGGCACCCUCAAGGAGCCGUCGGGGGGCGGCGGCACGGCCCUGCUGAACAAGGAGAACAAAUUCCGGGACCGCUCGUUCAGUGAGAACGGCGAUCGCAGCCAGCACCUCCUGCACCUGCAGCAGCAGCAGAAGGGGGGCGGCGGCUCCCAGAUCAACUCAACGCGCUACAAAACUGAGCUGUGCCGACCCUUCGAGGAGAGCGGCACGUGCAAAUACGGCGAGAAGUGCCAGUUCGCGCACGGGUUCCACGAGCUGCGCAGCCUGACUCGCCAUCCGAAGUACAAGACGGAGCUGUGCCGCACCUUCCACACCAUCGGCUUCUGCCCCUACGGGCCGCGCUGCCACUUCAUCCACAACGCCGAUGAGCGGCGGCCUGCGCCAUCGGGGGGUGCCUCCGGGGACCUGCGCACCUUCAGUGCCCGAGACGCGCUGCACCUGGGCUUCCCUCGGGAGCCGCGGCCCAAGCUGCACCACAGCCUCAGCUUCUCGGGCUUCCCGUCGGGCCACCACCAGCCCCCGGGGGGCCUGGAGUCGCCCCUGCUGCUCGACAGCCCCACGUCGCGCACCCCGCCGCCGCCCUCCUGUUCCUCCGCCUCGUCCUGCUCCUCGUCCGCUUCUUCCUGUUCGUCGGCCUCGGCAGCCUCCACGCCCUCGGGCGCCCCGACGUGCUGUGCCUCUGCGGCGGCCGCGGCUGCGGCGGCUCUGCUGUACGGCACUGGGGGCGCCGAAGACCUGCUCGCUCCGGGCGCGCCCUGCGCCGCCUGCUCGUCGGCCUCGUGCGCCAACAACGCCUUCGCCUUCGGCCCGGAGCUGAGCAGCCUCAUCACGCCGCUCGCCAUCCAGACCCACAACUUCGCCACGGUGGCUGCCGCCGCCUACUAUCGCAGCCAGCAGCAGCAGCAGCAGGGCCUGGUGCCCCCUGCGCAGCCCCCGGCACCGCCCAGCGCGCCCCUCCCUACCAGCGCCACCGCGCCGCCCUCACCGCCCUUCAGCUUCCAGCUGCCGCGCCGCCUGUCCGAGUCCCCCGUGUUCGACGCUCCCCCUAGCCCCCCGGACUCGCUGUCGGACCGCGACAGCUACUUGAGCGGCUCCCUGAGCUCGGGCAGCCUCAGCGGCUCUGAGUCCCCCAGCCUCGACCCUGGCCGCCGCCUGCCCAUCUUCAGCCGCCUCUCCAUCUCCGACGACUGAGGCAAGAGGGCGCCAGUGAGGAGGAGGAAGGGAAGGCAGUUCUGGGGGUGUUGGAGGGCGCCCCGGCGGUCUCGCCUCUGCUAGGGGCAGGGGAGCACGGGGAUGUGUAGGGGGGAAUGAUACCGGCCACAAGCAGACUUCAGGCCGCACCGAGCACUUGGACUCGAACUUGUGUGCCGGGAGGGGCCCCCACCCCUCCCUCUUCGGUUUCCUCUUGUUUUUUUUUUUUUUUAUUAUUAUUUUUAUUAUUAUUACGAAGUUUCAUUCUUGUUGAGCAAAAAAAAAAAAAAGCCAACGAACUUUUUGUAUUGGUGAACAAAAUAUUCACAACGGGGCA